AUGUCUGCCCCCUCCGUUGAUUUGGUUUUCCCUGAAGGCCACCACAGUCAGUUUUAACUUCCUUCCCGGUCAUCGUCGUCGUCGUCGUCGUCGCCGUCGCUGUUGCUGCGCAACGUGUUCCCGAUCAGUCUGACUGACCCCCUCCCUCCGUGCUGCUCGUCCUACUUCACGACACAGUCCCCAAGGUCUCCUUCUCGACCGGUCUCUUCAUCAACAACAGUACGUAGCUUCUCCCCACCACAUUGCGCAGUGACUAGCCCAGUGCGGUGGUUGACGAUCUCCCCCACUGCCCUGUGUUGCGCCCCACCUCUUUUCCAUGCCGGCUGCGCCCGCUGCCCGCCCCACCUCGCCCACGCCCACACCAACCUCACCCAUCCACGUCUGCGGCUCCAACCCUAACCAACAGAGCACGUCCCCGGUGUCGAGGGCCGAACCAUCGAUGUCAUCAACCCUGCCACCGACAAGAAGGUCGGUGUCGUUGCCGAGGCCACCGCCGCGUAAGUGCCGCUGUCCUCUUUCCUUGGGCUAGCGCCGCGCCCGGGCCAUGCUCGACUCUUCUUUAACCGGGUUGCAGGCGUUCGAUUAUGUGUAUCCCUUCAUUUCGCGAUGUUUUUGGCUCGCGCCCAUAGAUAUAUAAUUUGACUCUAAUUCUUGUCUCUCAAAAUUUUCUUCUUAGUGAUAUCGACAUCGCCGUCGAGGCUGCGCAAAAGGCCUUCGACACCGUCUGGGGUGAGAAGACCCCCGGCCACGAGCGAGGAAAGUGAGUCCGAGUCGACUUUUGCACAACAGUUUUACCUUUGUCCGAUCAUCUACUGACGAAGGCAUUGGUUCGACUGAAUAGAAUGCUCAUCGCUUUGGCCGAGGCCAUCGAGGAACACGCCGACACGAUCGCUUCCAUCGAAUCGCUCGGUAAGUCUUCCCGGGUCUCACGCAAUUUCCGAUUUCCGAAACCAAGUCCUUCAUCUCGGCUUCACGGCCCUGCGACGCGAGCGCGCGCUUGCAUGUCACACACAUGACUUGUCCAACACUAGGUAGCUCCUCCAGUGAACUGAUCAUAUAGCAUCCUGGCUUACCCUGAUGUAGACAACGGCAAGGCCUACGUAUACGCCCGCCACUUCGAUGUGUCCGAGGCUGCCGCAUGCUUGAGGUGAGCUUUUGCUGGGCGAUCUCCUCCCGUGCCUGUGACUAACAAGCAUGCCCGAUCCUUCCCCAAUCCAGGUACUACGGUGGAUGGGCUGACAAGAACCACGGAAAGGUCUUCGAGGUCAUGGAUUCCAAGAUGGCCUACACCCGCCACGAGCCCCUCGGUGUCGUCGGCCAGAUCAUCCCCUGGAACUUCCCCAUCCUCAUGUUUGCAUGGAAGCUCGGUCCCGCUCUCGCCACCGGUAACACCAUUGUUAUCAAGGUCGCCGAGACGACCCCUCUCUCCGCCUUCUAUGUCUCGACUUUGAUCGCCAAGAUCUUCCCCCCCGGAGUCGUCAACAUUGUGACCGGUUACGGUGCCAUCGCCGGCGCCGCCAUCUCCUCGCACAUGGCCAUCGAGAAGGUCGCUUUCACCGGAUCGACCUUGGUCGGCCGAACCAUCAUGAAGGCCGCUGCUACUUCCAACUUGAAGUCUGUCACCCUCGAACUCGGUGGCAAGUCGCCCAACAUCAUCUUCGACGACGCCGAUUUCGACCAAGCCGUCUCGUGGUCGACUUUCGGUCUCUUCUUCAACCACGGCCAAGCAUGCUGCGCCGGUUCGCGUAUCUUCGUCCAGGAGGGCAUCUACGACAAGUUCCUCGAGGCGCUCACGGCGAAGGUCAAGACGAUCAAGGUCGGCUCCCCCUUCGCCGCCGACACGUUCCAAGGCCCGCAGACCUCGCAGCUUCAGUACGACCGAAUUCAGGCUCACAUCCAGUCCGGCAAGGACGAGGGUGCCACGGUCCACAUUGGUGGUGAGCGACAUGGCACCGAGGGUUACUUCAUUCAACCGACCAUCUUCACGGACGUCAAGCCCGACAUGAAGAUCGUCAAGGAGGAGAUCUUCGGCCCCGUCGUCGUCGUCGCCAAGUUCAAGGACGAGGCUGAUGUCAUCGCCCAGGCCAACGACACCAUGUACGGCCUCGCCGCCGCCGUUUUCUCGCGCGACAUCUCGCGAGCGAUCAAGACCGCCAACGCCGUCAAGGCCGGUACGGUCUGGGUCAACUGCUACAACCAGUUGCACUCGUCUGUUCCUUUCGGUGGCUUCAAGCAGUCUGGUAUCGGUCGCGAGCUCGGCGAGUACGCCUUGGCUAACUACACCGCCGUCAAGGCCGUGCACAUCAAUCUUACGCAACCCUCCCCCAUGUAA